AUGGUCAUUAAUAACAAAGGCAUUAAUCCAUUAUCGGUUGAUGUAUUAGCUAAAGAAGGAAUUUUAGCAUUAAGACGUGCUAAACAUCGAAAUAUGGAACGUUUAACUUUAGCAUGUGCUGAUCAAGCUAUGAAUUCGCUUGAAAAUUUAAAAAAAGAAUCUCUUGGAUUUGCUGAAGAUGUUUAUGAACAUGUUUUCGAUGAAGAAAUAUUUACAUUUGUUGAAGCUUGCAAAAACCCAAAAUCAGUAACAGUUUUACUCAAAGGUUCAACUAAAUACAUAUUAAAUCAAGUUAAAGAUGCUCUUCGUAAUGGUCGUUGUCUUAUUCUUGGUGAAGGUGCUUUUGAAAUUGUUACUCAUCAACCAUUGACUCAAUAUAAUGAACAAGCUAUUGCUCAAAAUGCUGGUCAUCAUCAACAAGAAACAAUUGUUAAACUUCAACAUGAAUAUGCAACAUCGAAAAUACCCGUUGGUAUUGAUAUAACAAUAGGUGAAACAAUGGAACCAAAAUCCUUAUCUAUUUUUGAUAAUUAUCGUGUGAAAAAACAAUUGAUUCAUUCAAGUACAUCAAUUGCAACGAAUUUAAUUCUUGUUGAUAAAAUUCGUCGAGCUAGUUUAUCAUGA